AUAACAUUGUAAAAUCUGAAAAAUCAUUACAAAUCACUUCAGAUAAGUGUUCUGUAAACUAAUUUUUCAGACUCCAAAUGUUUAAUAGAAAAAAUAAAGAAAUAAAUGAAACUAAAAAUUUAAUGCAUAUCGUAUCGAAAUCAUUAUUACUGUAAAAAAUCGAUUAAUCAUUAUCAUUAAUCGUUCUGAUUGCCCGCAAUUUCCGACUUUUUUGUUUGUUUAUAUUGAUGCAUUAAAAAAAAUUAUUCAAUUUUUAAGAAAGAUGUGUAUUUAUUCGUUCACUGUUUGGUAUUAUUUUGAAAUAUGUUUUUGGAGUAAAAUUUAUGAAGACUUCUUCGAAAUGUUAAAUAGUCAUUCUUGAUAAAUAUAAAGUCGAUUGAUUUAAUUCAGAACACGCGGUGUAAUGUUUUCUUCAAUUUCCUGUAUUUACAUUAGUACUUGAUGUUGCUUCAAGCAAUUUAAAAUGUGUUCUUUUAAAGAAAAUUGUGAAAUGAAUUCUCUAAAUAUCAACUUCAUUUCUGAAGCUGAAACAAAAACAUUUGAAAAUGAUAUUUCAAAAAGUUUCAAUUUAAAUACUUUGCCUGGAGAAAAUGGUGAUCUAAAAAAUAUUUCUGUGAUGGAAAAAGGUGAAAGGUCAAUUUUAGUUAUAAAUGAAACCAAUGUUAAAGAUAAAUCAAAACCUGAUGUUACAUUUGUAAAAAGUCAUAAGCAAUUUAAUUCUUACCAAUGUAGAAAUGAAUCAUUCAAUAGUACUAAAGAUACUCACUUUAAUGUUGUAGAAAAUGGUUUAAAUAAUCACAAUAAACCAAUUAUGUUUGCUGACAGUGAUAUUUUAUGUACAAAAAAAAUACUGAGCAAUAGUAUUGAUGAACCAGGAGUUCUGGUAUUAAAUUCAGCCAAUAAUAAUAGUACUAGAGAAAAACAAUUCUGCCAAUCAGAUGUUAUUGAAAAAGGUACCAGAAAGAAUACUCCCCAUUCUUAUUCUGAGAGAGACAUUUCUGUUGCAGAUAAUGCCAUGAAAGUUAUUCCCAGUGAUGAUAAGGAUCUAAAUUUGGAUUGUUAUAACAACAAAUUUUCUAAUAACAGUGCUGAUGACGCUGGAAGUUUGUGUCCCGUUGAAAACUUUGUUCUUGAGCAUGAUGGAAGUUCUGUUUGUAAUACUUACCUUCUGGAUUCCCCGACUAAGUCUUUUGAACCAAUUUCUGAUACAUCAAAUGAAUUUAAGCAUAAUUUGAAUUUAUUCCAAAAAGAAUUAAAGGAAGCUCCAGUUGUUCAAUUAAUUCAAAGAGCAGAAAAUUCAACUGAGAGUGACAUUGUUCAAAUAGAAGUUAUAACAGAAAAUGUACCUCUGGAUAAGGUUGGAGAUUGUAUGAAUUUUAGCCUAAAUGUAGGUAAACAAAAUAAAUUUGUUAAAAAUUGUGAUAUUGACAAAAAUGUUUUUAAGAAUACAUUAUGUGAAGGCGUAGCAAAUGUAUCUUUUAAACAAAAUUGUGAAGUGAUACAAUGUAAAAGUGAAAUUAAUGGUGAAACUCUCAAACAAUAUUGUGAAGUUCGUCAAAGUAUAAAAAACACUAAUGAUGAAUUUCUUGAGCCUAGUUCUGAAAUUAUUCAUUGUGAGAAUAUAAUUAGUGAUGAAUCUUUUGAGCAAAAUUGUGAUGUGAAAAAUAACUCGUCAAAUGUUAUUGAAGGUAAUACUUCUGCUGAUAAGAUAGAGCAAGUUGCUCAAACUGUAACGAGUGAAAAAAUUAGUCAAAAUAUAAAAAACACUAAUGAUGAAUUUCGUGAGCCUAGUUCUGAAAUUAUUCAAUGUGAGAAUGUAAUUAGUGAUGAAUCUUUUGAACAAAAUUGUGAUGUGGAAAAUAACUCAUCAAAUGUUAUUGAAGGUAAUGCUUCUGCUGAUAAGAUAGAGCAAGUUGUUCAAUCUGUACUGAGUGAAAAAAUUGCCGAAUUAGAAAAUAAGACUAGUUUUGAACCUCGAAAUCAAGGUGAGGAAAUAAUCUUUGUUAAAGAUAUCUCUGAAAUAAAAAUCAAUAUUUCUACAAAUGACACAGAACCAGAGAAAAGUGACCGUGAAAUGAGUGAAUUUAAAAAUGAGGUUCACAAUAUAGAACAAGACAAAAUUAUUAUUGACCAAUCUAUUGCAAUAUUAGAGACAAUAGCAGAAUCUAUGUGUAAUCAUAACAAAAUUAAAUUAGAUGAUUCCUAUAAUGAUGAAAAUCUAAAACAAAUAAUUGAAAUAGAUAGUAAAAAAUAUGCUUCUGAUAUUAUUGAAAUUGAUAUUUCUACAAGUAGUGUAGAAUCUGAUCAAGAAUACUCUAAUAAUAAUAUUGCAAUUUACAAUGUAAUUGCUCAACAAAAACAAGAUGUAGUUAUUUCUGAUAUUGAUUCUAAAGUUUCAGAGUCUGUUAAUAGUGACUCCUCGGAAAAUGCUGUGAAACUCAAGGAAAAAGCUAAAUCUGAUUGUGAAGAUAUUGAACUAGAAAAUGAAGUUAGUUAUGAAAAACUGAAACAGAAGAAUGAAAUAAUCAAGAAUAUUGAUAUUGACUCUGAAAUUAUUGAAAUUGAUUUUUCUACAAGCAGCGUAGUGUUGGAAGAAGACAAUUCUAGCGGAGAUGACCCAAUUUGUAGUGCACAAAUGAAACAUUAUGAAAUUAUUUACAAUGAAGAUCCUGAAUUUUCAGAGCUGGUUGAAGUGGAAUUGAUUGAAAAAACUGAAUCUAAUUAUUCAGCUAUUGAACUAAAAAACAAAAAUUGUGAUGAAAAAUUGGAACAAAAAGAUGAAAUAAUCAUGAAUGCAAAUAUCCAAUCUGAAAUCGUUAAAAUUGAUCUUUCUUGCAGUAAUUUAGAUUUCGAUAAAGAAUGUUCUAGAGUUAAUAUUAAAAAUUCCGAUACAGGACAUAAACAAGAGGAAGUUAUUCAUAUAGGUCCCAAAUCUAAGGAUUUUGUAAAAACUGAUCCCUCUAUAAAUGUUAUAAAACUGAAGGAAAAAGCUGUUUCUAAUUAUGAAGGUGUUAUACCAGAAAAUGAUGUUAGUGAUGAAAACUUGAAGCAAAAUAAUAAAAUAAUCAAGGAUGCAAAUACUGGGCCUGAAAUUAUUAAAAUUGAUGUUUCUACAAACAGUGUAGAGUUAGAAGAAGAUUCUUCUGAGGUUGAUAAUGCAAUUUACAAUGCAAAUCAAGAACAUGAUGGAGUUGUUAACAAUAUAGAUCUUGAAUCAUCUGAGCUUGUUGAAGACUCUUUUAUAAAUUCUAAGAAAUUGGAGGAAAAAAACUUAUCUAGUUAUGAAGCUAUUGAAUUAGAAACAGAAGUUUGUGAUGUAGAACUGAAACACAAGAAUGAGAUAAUGAUAAAUGAAAAUAUCGGCUUGAACUUAAUUGAAAAAGAAAAUCUAAAGCAAGUCUCAAAAUCUAUAUGUUUAGCUAGUACAGCUUUUAUAGAAUUAAAUAAGCAAACUCCUUAUGAAGGGGACGAUCUAGAAUAUAAAGUUAAUGAUAAAAUUGAAAAUAAAAACAAAUAUACACCCAUUGAUUCUUGCUUUAUUGAAAGUGCUGAAUUCAUAGAUGUAAAAAAGCAAGACAAGGAGUCAAUGUGCAAUGUCAUAGCGAAAAAAGUCACUUGUAACAGCUUAAAAUCUAUUGUGCCUUCUGAAACUGAACAAAAUGUGUGUUUUGCAUGUAAAAGAACUGGCAUUGAUUUAAUUGUUUGCUCUGUUGAAUCAUGUCGUAAAACAUAUCAUGCUCCUUGUUUUAAAAGAUAUCCAAAUAUUGUUAAAUCUGACUCUAACACAUGUCCACUUCAUAUUUGUUUACCUUGUUACAAUAUGAAUCAUAAGAAUUCUCAAAUUUCAAAAGGUGACAUGUACAUGUGUUCUAAGUGCCCUACUGCAUUUCACUGUAGGGAUGAGUGUUUCAUACCAGGUUUUGUAAUUUCAGCAGAUAAUAUAUCAUGUUCAAAGCAUUGUCCAUCUGAAAAUAAGCCUGAAUCAGUUUUUAUAAACCUAACUUUUUGCAUUGUUUGUGGAGGUAACAAAAAUUUAAUAUUCUGCAAACUUUGUCCAGCAUCUGUUCAUAUUAAGUGUAUUAAAAUUAAGUCUCCUGAAUGUUAUAUCUGUGACAGAUGUGAAACUCGCCAAACAUUGCGCUAUAAUGACAUAGUUUGGGCUCGGGUGUGUGAUUUUCAGUGGUGGCCAGCUGAAAUUGUUAAGACUUGUGACCUUCCAAACAAUGUGCAAGAAGUCCCACAUUCUAUUGGCGAAUUUCCUGUAAAAUUUUUUGGAACUGAGGAAUAUUUCUGGAUCAAUUCAAGACGUGCUUAUCCUUUUGUUUAUAAAAAAAUUUCUUCAGAAGAGAAGGUUGAACAUAAAUUUAAAAAAUUCAUACCUAAUCCAUACUUUGAAAAUGCAUUGAAAUUGGCCAUGUCUGCUACAAUGAAUAAAAAGGCACUAAGAUCUAUUGAAUCUUUUAAUACAAAAAAACUACCCCCUUAUGUGCACAUUAAGACUAAUCGUCCUGUUGGCAAUGUUCAAAUUUAUAGUUGUUUGGAUGCAGACGAUACUCAUACAUGUGGUUGUAAAGAUUCUGACCCUAAUCCAUGUGGAGAUUAUACUUUCUGCCUCAAUCGUAGUAUGCUUCAUGAAUGCAAUGAUUAUAACUGUAAAGUUGGUAAAAAUUGUCAGAAUCGUAAGUUUGUUAAUGUACAGAAUGCCCCUUGCAAGCCAUUUUAUACUGAUAAUAGAGGUUGGGGCUUGAAGGCUAAAGAAGAUAUUAAGUGUGGUCAAUUUGUUAUAGAAUAUGUUGGUGAUUUGAUUGAUGAAGAGGAAUGUGAACGUAGAACAAAACAGAAACAAAUGGUUGGUGACACAAACUUUUACUUUUGCACUUUGGAUUCUAAUCGUAUAAUUGACGCUGGUCCUAAAGGAAAUUAUUCUAGAUUUAUGAACCAUUCCUGUGAACCUAAUUGUGAAAUGCAGAAAUGGAUUGUGAAUAGUGAUCCCAGAAUCGGUCUAUUUGCUAGAAAAGAUAUUAAAGCUGGAACUGAAUUAACUUUUGAUUACCAAAUGGAUUUUUCUCGGUUUAAUAAGAAACUUAAUUGUAACUGUGGCUCUGCUCGAUGCAGUGGUGUUAUUGGGAAAAAACCUCUAAAGGGGCAGGGAAUAACAACAGACUUUGAAAAGACUGAAACAAGUAAUCUUGACCUAGAAUCUGCCUCUACUUCAAAAACUGACCUUUCCGACGCUAAGGGAACUAAAAAGAAAACCUCCAAUGAUAAGAGCAAGAAUAUUCUUCAAGUGAAAAUUAUCGCUAAAACUAAGAAUAGUCUCGACCUAGAAUCUGUACCUACUUCUAAAAUUGACAUUGACUUUAAAACAAAUGUUACCAAAAAGAAAACCUCCAAGGAUAAUAAUAAGAAUGAUCUUACAAUAAAAACAGUUGCUAAAAGUAAGAGUAGUCUUCACCUAGAAUCUACAUCUUCUAAAGUUGAACUUGUUACUAAAAAGAAAAUCUCCAAUGGCAACAGUAAGGAAACUGUUAUAGUAAAAAACAAUAAGAGAAAGCGAUCUAGCUCGAGUUCUGAUACAGAUUCUAAUCCUAAUGACAACUUGUUAGUGGAGGAUUUAAAUAAAAGAAAAAAUUCUCAUAAAAAUAAACUUAAAUUAUCUGACAAAGAAGCUACUUUAGUGAAAAAUACAAAGAAAAGGAAAUUAUCUGACUCCAGUUUUUGUGAAGUCUCAUUUUCAAAACACAAAAAAAGAAAAACAGAAGAUUUAAAUGCGAGAAAUGUUGAAGUAAAUGUUAAUGAUGUAAAGAAGGACAGUUCUAUCACAAGAAUCAAUGGUGUGAAAGCAAUGUGCUCUAAAUGCAAGACUGGUGGAAGGAUGAUUGAAUGUUCUCGGGUAGAAUGUGGAUUAUUUUAUCAUCAUCGUUGCCUGAAGAUUGAUAAAGAUAUUAAUCCUGAAGGAUGGGAAUGUCCUGUUCAUUUGUGUCAAAAUGGUAAAAACAUCUCGUUAAAUGAAACAAAACUUAAUUCAACUGAAAGAAGUAAUACCUCCGAUUUUAACGAGAAGAAAGCUGUGUGCUUUCAAUGUCAUACUGGUGGAAAACUAAUUGAGUGUUCUCAUGAAGGUUGUGGAUUAUUUUUUCAUAAUUUUUGUCUAAGAAUUGAAAGUGAUUCUAAUUUAGAGGAUUUGGUGUGCCCUAAGCACUCCUUCCUAGAUAGUGAAAGUAAAUUAAAAAAGCAUGAUGAAACAAAUGUUAAUACUGUGAGGAAUUGUAUUUCAAGAUUAGGUGGUGUUAAAGCUUUGUGCUUUAUAUGUAAGACUGGUGGAAUGCUUAUUCGGUGUUCCAGGGAAGCUUGUGACUAUUUUUAUCAUCAUCGUUGCGUAAAAAUUAAAAAAGAUACUAAUACUGAGAAAUGGGAGUGCCCAGCCCAUAUUUGUCAAAAAUGUGAAAAUGAACCUUAUUAUCAGUGCCAGGAUUGUCCUAAUUCUUAUUGUCAGAGACAUGUUUUUGGAAGACGUAAAUCUAGAGAUAAAUUUUUUUGUCCUAAGCAUCAAUAAUUUUUUUGUUUGUUUUGUUAUUAAAAAUUUUAUUGUGUGCAGAAACUAUUUUUAAUACAUUUGUUCAAUAUCUUUAACUUAAUAUUUAGACAUCAUUGGUUUUCUCAUUUAGAAAGCUCUAUUUAUUUUUAUUCAUAGUAAUUUUUUUUAAAGUUCACUAUUGGGGACGAUUUCCAUGUGGUACUUGCACCAAAUAUUCAUCAAAUUUUGGGGACUUUCAGACAGUGGUAUGUUAGGAACUUAAAAAAAACGUCGACGAACAACUCUAAUGGUGAUUUGUAAUAUCCCUUGGCUAACCUCUACAUCAUUUUUUUCUUUAAUAUUUUGAAAUUUAAAAACUUUCUUGUGUCUCAGCAAUUGUAGUUAGUGCAAACAGGUAUCAAUAUGGAAAUAUCCAUGAUAUCUGAUAGAUUUCAGCAGGACCAAAAAUGUAAAUGGCAUAUUGAAUAAAUAUUUAUUAAUUAAUUCUGUUAAGAAUAGUUUGCCUGACAAUUUAUUUAUGAUCACUGUGUUUACCUCUUGAUUUGUUAAAGUUUAAAUUAAAAAAAAUUAAAGUUUGGAUGUAAAAUAAUUAAAGUUCUCCAAUAGUUGCUUAAUUCUUUAAAGAUUAUUGGCCAGGCUAACUACUACAUAUUUUUUAAAAAUAUUCAGAAAAACAAUGAUCUUUUGAUGAUAAUUGUUGAUGCUACCAGUAACUGAUUGGGAAAUGUCCCCACUUUCGAGAUAAACUAUUAUAAUGUAACUUUUUAUUUUUAUGUCUUAGUUAAAAGUAAUUUUUCACUGCGCAAAGUAUUAAGAAAAGUGUUAUUUUUGUUUAAUUAUUAAUAAAUUGUAUUCAGCAUGUAUAUCAGUAAAAA